AUGUGCGCACAGGGGCUGCUGGGGCUGGCGCUGCUGCUGGUCACCUCGGUGCCGGCCGGUCACCUCGCGCCGCCGGCUGGCCCCCUGGCCCUGCGGAGCAGUUUGGGUGGUCCUACUUUGUGCCAGCUGUCCCGGACUGAGUCGGAGCUCAGGUGCCGUGUCCCAGGAGGGAUGCUGUGCAAUGACAGAGGCACAUGUGAGUGUGGAGUCUGCAUCUGCCAAGUGACUGAGUCUGGCAAAUACUACGGUCCACUCUGUGAGUGCCAUGACUGGGUGUGCGAGACCUAUGAUGGGAAGAUCUGUGCUGGACAUGGAAAGUGUGACUGUGGGAAGUGCAAAUGUGAUGAAGGCUGGUAUGGUGAAGCCUGUCAGUAUCCAACUACUUGCAAUCUUACACGGAGAAAAAGCAAUGAAAUGUGCAAGAAUUCUCAAGAUAUCAUCUGUUCUGGUGCAGGCACGUGUCAGUGUGGCAGGUGUAAAUGUGCAAACCCAGAAGGAAAUGGACUGGUGUACGGCAAAUUUUGUGAAUGUGAUGACAGAGAAUGCGUAGAUGAUGAAACAGGAGAGAUUUGUACAGGCCAUGGAAAGUGUUACUGUGGAAACUGUUACUGUGAGGCUGGUUGGCAUGGAGAUAAAUGUGAAUUCCAGUGUGACAUCACCCCCUGGGAGAUCAAGAAGAGAUGCACAUCUCCAGAUGGCAAAAUCUGCAGCAACAGAGGCACAUGUGUAUGUGGGGAAUGCACAUGCCAUGAUGUAGACCCAACUGGUGACUGGGGAGAUAUUCAUGGAGAUACUUGUGAGUGUGAUGAAAGAAACUGCAAAGCAGUGUAUGAUAGAUAUUCUGAUGACUUCUGUUCAGGUCAUGGACAGUGUAAUUGUGGAAGAUGUGACUGUAAAGAAGGAUGGACUGAAAAGUGUGAGCAUCCACGUUCUUGUCCAUUGUCAGUUGAGGAAAGCGCUAAGAGAUGCCAAGGAAAUUCUAAUUUACUUUGCUCUGGAAGAGGGAGAUGUGAAUGCGGCCAAUGCACUUGUUUCCCUCCAGGAGACAACAGAGUUCAUGGCAAAAACUGUGAAUGUGAUGAUCGACAGUGUGAAAAUGCAGAAGGAGAUGUCUGUGGGGGCCAUGGCAUCUGCUCAUGCGGCCGAUGCAUUUGCCAGGACGGGUGGUUCGGAAACUUGUGCCAGCACUCAAGGAAGUGCAACAUGACGGAGCAGGAGAGCAGAAGUCUCUGCGAGUCAGCGGAUGGCAUAUUAUGUUCGGGGAAGGGUUCCUGCCACUGUGGAAAGUGCAUCUGUUCUCCCCAGGAAUGGUACAUUUCAGGUGAUUUCUGUGAAUGCGAUGACAGAGACUGUGACAAACACGACGGUCUCAUUUGCACAGGCAACGGUGUUUGUAGCUGUGGAAACUGUGAGUGCUGGGAAGGAUGGAAUGGAAAUGCUUGUGAAAUCUGGCUGGGGAGAGAAUACCCUUAAUGCAGGGUGUCAAAGACUGAGGAGCUUUUUUUGUUUGUUUUUCUUAGGCUGCUAGAACAUUUAAUUUCAGAAGUGCUCAGUGUGUGGGUGUGCAUGUAAGCACACAUACAUGGUUUUAAGUACCUUAGAACGUGUUUGAGGACCUGCUCCUUAAAGAAAUGCAUCAAAAAAACUAAAAAAGGGAGCAGGACAACCCCAGCUCUAGAGGGUGAAGUCAUAAAAUACCGGCCCUGUGGAACUCCUCCAGAGUUUUUUUUGUAAAUUCAGUGGAACUGAAAUUAUAUCUAUAAUGCUUGUUUCUUUAAGCAACCUUUGGAAAAAGUAUAAGGAAGCCUUUUUUAACAUUGUUUACUUGGUCAUCACCUCUCCUUAUCAAUCUUAACAAUACCCCUGUAGAGGAAUAACACUAGCUGAAUGUUUGUCUGUCAAAUAACUAGUUUGAUUAAUUUUAUGGUGUUGGAAAAAUACAUUAUUUGACCUUUUUUUCUUUCUAACAAUCCUGAUUAUGUACCAGCUCAUAAAUUGAAAGAAGCUGUAAAGAAGCCUAUAAAAACAUUGGUGAUUUUUUGUUUGGUAGAAUAAUUGUCUGAGAUCCAAUUACACGACACCCAUAAACUGAAGACCCAAAAUGUUUGAACAGACCCUUUUCCACAAAGUAACCUAGUUUCUGUGGUUAAUGUGUCAGUAAGUUGGUUAUCUAAUCUACAUACUACAAUACUUUCAAGUACAUAACCUAUGGGAACAUAAGGAAGGAAACUAAUAAAGAUAUAAAUGUAUGAUUGCCUAUUCUGAAUAUGUAUUCUGCAACUCAUAUGUAUUUCUAUCAUACUGUUCUGUGUAGGUACAGUUGCCUCUUAAAAGUAAAGUAAAUGAAAAUUUGUUAUAUUGAAAAUGAAAAUAUGUCACUUUCAGGAUGAAAAUUCUCUCUGCUAUUCGAAAUCACUGUUUAGAACACAUUACACUGUCACACAUGGUAUUAAUUGAAUUUAACUGCUUUUAUGGAAGUGGGAAACCUGAAGGUCAACUGACUUGAAAAAUCGUCUAUGCUAUGCAGCAGAUUGGUCUCAGCCAAAGACGUUUGGACAAUGUCAACAAAGUCAUUAAAGUUUUAAUACAGUAAAUACAAACAAAGCAGUGGUAUGA